UGAUGCUCCCGCAGCGUUGCGGGCGACUGAAACCAGCAGAGAAGCCGGGCCGCGCCAUGGAGCACGUGACGGAGGGUGCCUGGGAGUCGCUGCAGGUGCCACUGCACCCUCGGGUGCUCGGUGCACUGCGCGAGUUGGGCUUCCCGCACAUGACGCCGGUGCAGUCUGCAACCAUCCCUCUGUUCAUGAAAAACAAAGAUGUUGCCGCAGAGGCUGUGACGGGUAGUGGAAAAACCCUGGCCUUUGUCAUCCCCAUUCUGGAGAUUCUUCUGAAAAGGGAGGAGAAGUUAAAGAAGAACCAGGUAGGAGCCAUUGUCAUCACCCCGACUCGCGAGCUGGCCAUUCAGAUUGAUGAAGUCCUGUCACACUUCACGAAGCACUUUCCGCAGUUCAGCCAGAUUUUGUGGAUUGGAGGCCGGAACCCUGGAGAAGAUGUGGAGAGGUUCAAGCAGCACGGCGGGAACAUCAUUGUGGCAACCCCUGGGCGACUGGAGGACAUGUUCCGGAGGAAGGCUGAGGGUCUGGACCUGGCCAGCUGUGUGAAGAGCUUGGAUGUGCUGGUGCUGGACGAGGCAGACAGACUGCUCGACAUGGGCUUUGAGGCAAGCAUAAACACAAUCCUAGAGUUUUUGCCAAAGCAGAGAAGAACAGGCCUCUUCUCAGCCACACAGACACAGGAAGUGGAGAACUUGGUGCGAGCAGGCCUCCGGAACCCUGUCCGAAUCUCUGUGAAGGAGAAGGGUGUGGCAGCCAGCAGUACCCAGAAGACCCCGUCUCGCCUGGAGAACCACUAUAUGAUCUGUAAGGCAGAUGAGAAAUUCAACCAGCUGGUCCAUUUCCUUCGGAGCCGUCAGCAGGAGAAGCACCUGGUCUUCUUCAGCACGUGUGCGUGUGUGGAAUACUAUGGGAAGGCCCUGGAGGCGCUGUUGAAGAAAGUGAAGAUCCUGUGCAUCCAUGGGAAGAUGAAGUACAAGCGCAAUAAGAUCUUCAUGGAGUUCCGCAAGCUGCAGAGUGGGAUCCUGGUGUGCACUGACGUGAUGGCCCGGGGAAUUGAUAUUCCCGAAGUAAACUGGGUUUUGCAGUAUGACCCUCCCAGCAAUGCCAGUGCCUUCGUGCAUCGAUGUGGACGCACAGCCCGCAUUGGCCAUGGUGGCAGUGCCCUGGUGUUCCUGCUGCCCAUGGAGGAGGCCUACAUCAACUUCUUGGCCAUCAACCAGAAAUGCCCCCUGCAGGAGAUGAGCCUCCAGAGAAACACUAUAGACCUUCUGCCGAAGCUCCGGGCCAUGGCUCUGGCUGACAGAGCUGUGUUCGAGAAGGGCAUGAAAGCCUUUGUGUCCUUUGUGCAGGCUUAUGCGAAGCACGAGUGCAGCCUCAUCUUCAGGCUGAAGGGAUUGCAGCUGUAA